AUGUUAAAAACGAAACCCCUUAACGACCUCCUCUCGCAGAGUAUCUCUGCAAAUGUCUCAUCUGCCCUGUACCAAAGCCCCCUUAUCAACCUCCUCCUCCUGCCGCGCAUUUUCUAACACUGAUACGACCAGACUAUUUACACCAUCUGGCUCUCUCCUCGCAACCGGAACCUCGCCGACUGCGCCCUCGGCAAAGAAAUCCAGAACACACGCUGCGCUAGCUGCGAACAUUUGGAGUCUUUACUCGCGAGUUGCCUCCUCUGGCGCAGUCGAAGCUUCGCUCCCGGCCAUUCCGUCCACCAAUGUUGCCGCUCCGUCAUCUCCACUUGAAACCUCUACUGAUGGCCCCACUGAAGCACUCAAAUCACUUACUCUUGAGCUCUCAGAUUACAAUCUUCACAUACAAAUCGUUGCAGAAAGAGUCCUGCUUUGUCUUAUUGGGCCGAAGGCUGCUAGCGGCAGCAGUAGGAGUAGUCUCCAUAGUGAAGGAGAGAGCAAGUCGGCAAAGAGCGGGGGUGGAGGAGGCAGUGGGAGCGGUAGUGGUGUCGUGGCGGGUAGUGGGUUGGGAAUACUGAAGACUCAAGCUGUCGCAUUAGCGAACUACCUCGAUGGGGAGCUUCGCGGAUUUGAGUUGCCGGACGGGAUAUAG